GCAGAGAAGUUGUUAGAUACAGCAUAAUUCGGACAGGUGUGAGGCGUUUCACUCGGAGAGGUCAAAUAUAAGUUGCAUUCGUCCCGCGAGGAGCACUGAUGGAUCUUCGGCACAAAUACAUAGCCUCCUAAAAGUGGCAGUUGUACGCCAUUCUUGUCUCCCUGGACCGGGGCAUUGAUUUGUCUCGCAUACAGUGAAACACGCCGUUUGCGACAACGACGAACACAAUCAGUGGAUGUGCUGGGAGCAGCCCGCAAAGUGUCGCCAUGCUUCCGGCUCCCAACGUUGCAUGCCCACAGUUCACUAACUGUGGAAUGUGCGAGGAAACCAGAACACAGGGAGGAAACCGCCACGGUUACGGAUUCUCUAUUUAAGAAUGGCACCUAAAUCUAUGGAACCAAUAGCAAUACGGAUCUUUAAGGGAGUUAUACUCUUGGAGGUCGCAGGAGUAAUGGGAGCAUACUGGCUCUUCCAUAGAAUGAAUACUAGUCAAGCGUUCAGAUAUAAGGUAAACAAAAGGUUUCCCUCCAUUUUGGAAGUUUAUUAUAAAUCCAAUGAAUGGGCAGGAGUUUAUGGAAUUAGAGAACUGGAUCAGGAAACCUGGUCCAGCAAACAUAAGCAGUGAGUAUUCUCUUGGCCCUUAAGUUCUUCUGCCUUCUGAGCGUAUGUGCAUCUUUGCCUCUGAUCCAAGCAUCCCGAUCAGAUUCCCACUGUAGCUGCUUUAUACCUGCAAAAGUAAUAAAUGAAACUCAGUAGUGACAAUAGAAUUUUCCACAUUGGAAAGUUUUCCCAUCAGAUCUACUGGUUAAAAUCUACACAAGUGGGAGAAAAUUCUCUUGAUAAUUAAUCAAUUACAAAAUAACUUCAUUUUCACAAAUGUAAAUACAUUGUACAUCUUCAACUAGAGGAGAUUUACAAAAGGGAUUUAAUAAACUUUUGAUUGAGUCCAUG